CAGGUGCUGUGUAUGCUUUAAUGCAUACUCCCGACUACCGCCGGAUGAUCUCAGGGGCUAUAGACGCCACGAUCAGAAUGUGGGACUGUCGAACGCGACAGUCUGUUGGGGAGAGCUUGUUUGAUCCCACAGGAUUCAUACAGACCGUCGCUCUCUCCGGAUGGUCGCCAUAUCGCAUCGAGCUCAGACGAGUCGACCAUCCGGGUACGGGACUCGGACGCUAUCACAGAUCCUUCGGUGGCCCAACGGUAUUCCGUUAUAAAAUUCAGGCCAGCGUGCAAUGUUUCGGAAGGUGCUCUUGCACUCCCGGACAGUACCAAGUUCAAGAUGGUAAACGGUUGGGUUGUCGAUGAGGACAACAAUUUGGUGUUGUGGGUGCCAGACGAGUAUCGCCCUUCUCUGUGGUGGCCAGGGCUGCUGUUGCUCAUCGGACGUGAGCCGCUUUCCAUAGACUUCGCAACUGCAUGUCAUGGAACACAAUGGGCAAAAUGCCAGUGAUUAUA